AUGCGGACACAAAAUAUUGAGGAUAUCAUCCAAAACAAUAGACAAUAUUAUCCAAAACAUCUAUGCAUUGAUCGACACAAUUGGUCGACAAGUGUGCCGGCAUUUGAUGGCCAAUCAACUGAUGGAUAUUUAGUGCCAAAUAUUGUUCACUAUAUACUGUUUAAAACACAUUAUAUAAAUUAUGUACACUUUUUGUCGAUAUUAUCGGUACUGAAAAACCAGAAACCCGAUAGUCUAUACAUUCAUUGCGAUUGUCAUGAAUUACGGGGUGACUAUUGGCAACGUAUCAAUCGAGUGGCCAAUGCGACCAAUACUACACGGCUUAUUGUACGACAAAUUCAACGACCGACUCAUAUAUUUGGCCAACAGUUGAGUCUAAUAUUUCACAAUUUUCAUGCAUCAGAUAUCGGCCGACUCCAAGUGCUCCGUGAGUUUGGCGGCAUUUAUCUGGACAGAGAUGUCUAUGUUGUGAACAGUUUGGAUCCGUAUCGCAACUACGAGCUGACACUGGACUAUGAAAUCUGGGACUUUGGUUUGCCAACCGAACACAAAGUAAUGGCCACACAGACAAUGGUCGGCCAUAGAAAGGCCCGUUUUUUGAGACUAUGGCUAAUGUGUUACUGUGAUUAUCAUCCCUGGGAAUGGUAUUACAAUGCGGGCGAAAUGCCUACUAAAGAGAUAUUAGUGAAACGGCCGGAUCUGAUUCAGGAUGCAAACGGCAAGUUUGGCGGCGACGGUCCGCGAGUAUGUCCGCAACUGUAUCAUCGCUUACGACCCGAUUGGCGUCAAAUCUAUUAUACGGUUCAUCUGAAUAUUAAAGACAAUUAUCUGUCGCCGCUUGGCUGGUGUCUCAAUGGUAGCCGACCGCCAAUAUCUAAGUUUGACGAACAAAAUGUACGGCAAUUGAGGACAACAUUCGGCGAAAUGGCCACCGAUGUACUGGACUAUGAGUUAUCAAUUAAAUAA